AUGAAUUCAUUUCAUUCAUUUGAAAAUCUUAUAGACAAAUCUAAAAUGAAUAUCACAAAUUUAUACUUAAAUUAUAAAUGUAAAUCAUUCGAUGAUAUUUAUCAUAUUGGUAAAUCAUUUAGGACUUAUAUUCGAAAUGAAUCUAUUUAUAAUACUGACAGUUACGGUCAAGAUGAAAAUUACAAUCAAACAGAUGAUGUGUUCAUCAAUUCAAACAACAUUAACAAUACUACCACUCCUCCUCCUCCUCCUACUACUACUACUACUACUAUUGACAAUAAUAAUAAUGAUAAUAGUAGUAGUAGUAGUAAUGGUAAUAGUAAUAAUAAUAAUGAUAAAGUAACAAAACAAAAUCAGCUGAUUUCAACCCUUUGUAUCAAUUUCUAUCAAACUCAAAAUGAUAUUACUUUAAUCAAAUCAGAAUUGAUACAAAUGAAUCAAAAACUUGAUAGAAUACAAAAAGAUUUUAAUGAAUUUACUAAAUAUUUUAUUAAAAAUGAAAAUUCAUUCAAUAAUCAAUCCAUACAUCUUAAUACUUCUAAUAAUAGUAAUAAUAAUAAUAAUAAUGAGAAACGAUUGAAAACGAUACAUUCAGUUGCUGGGAAUGAUACUAUCUCUUCAACACAAACAAACAUUGCUCAUAGUAACAAUAACAAUAAUAAUAAUGAUAACAAUAACAGUAUUAGUAAUAAUAAUGUUAAAAAUGCAAAAGAUGGUUUAUCCCCUUCUAAAUCUAUUAUACCAACAACAAUAAUGAAUUCACGUCCAUGUUUACAUCAAUAUGGUAGAACACAUCAUUAUUCACCAGAGAAUCGUGUAGUGACAUUUCAAUUACCACCACGUAAUUAUGAUUUUCGUAGUCAAAGUUUAACUAGUUCAAGACAAAUUUCACCUGAAACAUCAAAAUCUAAUCCAAUUAAAAAAUUAUUACAUAAACAUCCAUCUAUAUCACAUGAUCUUAAUUAA